CGAUCGAUCUAUCUCUAGUUCAAAUGAACAAGUUCCCGUACAGAUCAGUAUUUAUUCUAAUCUUCAGUGUUCUUUUUUUUUAUUCGACAACAAGCCUCAAUUCAGCAAGUUGAAAGCGAGAUAUUUGUGUGUGGCUAGGGUGGCACAUGUGCAAUAACACAGUGGCAAGGCGGAGGGGACAUGGCCUCCGCGGAGCAGAGAACCGAAGUGGACGCCCUCAGGAUGGAGCCGAUCUCGAAACUGAGCAUGCUGCUCACUCUGGUGUCCAUUCUGUGGCGCUUCGUCUCGAUCUGCAUCAACUGGAGCCUGGCGUACGCGUACUGGAUGGAGGAGUCCUACGGAUACUGCGCCUGGACCAUUGGCUCCAUUCUGGUGCCCAUGGCGGUAACAUCGGUCAUAUACAUACACACCUUGAAGGUCGCCCAUGCGGGCGAAAAACGCAUUCUGGAGCGAGGGGUGUACUCAAAUGCUGUGAUCUCAUAUCUCUUCCGCGAUGUCUAUGUCUUAAACUAUGCGUUAAAAUACUCGGUGGCCAAGGAGCGCGAUGACAAGCAGGCGGAGAUCGAAUAUUACCAAAAACUCACGACGGAGGAGUGCAAUGUUAGUUUCGUUCGACUAUUCGAUUCGUUUCUGGAAUCAGCUCCGCAGAAAAUACUUCAGCUGGCAAUAAUUUUGCGAUCGACAAAGGAGCUCAUAUACUACCGACGGAUUGCCAUGGUCGUCUACUUCGGCAACAUAGCGUGGUGCAUCCAGGCGUACAACCACUCCAAUCGCCUGGCCCAACUGGACAAACAUGACAUCGCGGCGAAGGGACGAUUUCUGCAAUUUCUCUUCCUGUUCUGCCUCACUGUUUCGAGAACGCUUUGCAUCGCGUAUGUGGCCAGUAUUUUCCCCAUCGAAACGCUGAUCACCUGCGCGACGCUCGCUUGCUUUUGCGGCACCAUUGUGUUCUUUGUGGACUCGCCAAAGAUCGCCGAAUCCCGAAUCAUGAACUACCUGUACUGCCUGUGCUUCGGAGUUGUUUACCUAUUUAUUUUUACGCCCGUCAAGGAUGCGCCCACCAAAUAUAAGUACGCUUUUUAUCUCACAUUCUGUUUGUUGCAAAACAUCAUCGCCUGCGCGUUGUACAUUCCACUGUAUCUUGCCACAGCCAUAAUUGCCUUGUAUAUUGUCGGCAUUGUUUUGUUAAUAUUUUAUUACGCGUACUGCCAUCCAAAUACCGUGCGUACUUAUUUUUAGCAUUAUAGCAUUAUUAGUAGCAUUUUGUAUACUUGCAAUAAACGUUGUUAUGCCCACUUUU